AUACUACGAUUUAAUACAAUCAUUAUAAAACUGAUUUGCAGUAGAUAAUGCACUCAACUGAAGCAAUGUUUUUUGUUUACAUUAUUUGCCGAAAAUAACGGGAAAAUUUCAAUUAUCUUCAUCAAAUGUACACUUCUACACACCACGAGCCAGGCUCGUGAUAAUCAUAUUAGGCGCAGAAAUUGCACCACGAGCCACGCUCGUGAUAAUCAUGUUAGGCACACAAAUUGUACCGCGAGCCAGGCUCGUGGAAAUACGUCAAGGGGCGCAUUUUUUCACUUCAAAUGAAUUAUAUUAAACUAUAAACAUUUAAAUAAAUCCAUAUUUUACACUUUUUGCACGUUUUUUACCUAAGAAAUCUUUAUUUUAAAAAUUACAUUUUACACUCGUAGUAAACAACAUCUAUGUGCUGGCAAUUACGACGAAAUGGAGCGCUGCCAUACGAUAACAAGACAGUUCUCUGAAAUUCCUCUUUUCGCGAAAAUUCCUCUAUUCAUGCACAUGGAUAUUUUCUUUUUUAAAUUUAAUAAACAAAUAAGUAAUAUUAUGUAAUAAUAUUAUAUAACAAUAUUAUAUAAUAACAUUAUAUAUGUAUAUUGUCACCUAAAAUUCAAAACAACGUAUCAUAAAAAAAUGGAAAACGCUGUCAGUUAUAAUAACCAAUAUUUAACCACUUUAUAACCAAAACUCAAAUUUUAUAUCUAAUAAUAAUAAGGAAAAUGAAUACUACGCGAAAGUACUUCGGUCAUCCCGGGUAUUUAAAUGAGUUAAGCAUUCCCCCACUCUACCCGUGAAAACUGGCGCACCCUAAUAAGACAGCUUAAUUCACCACAGCUUAUGACACCAACACAACUCACCAUACCGAUGCACCCACGCAUCAAAAAGGAUGGACAACGGGAAAGCAGAUACAUUCGUUUACACAACUCGUCACACAAUCAUCGCACAUCAUAAUUCGCUACCAAGUUUCGCAUAGACAGUGCCGCGUCGAUACCUACGCUAUUUCACCGCGAUUUCUAUUUUUGAUAUCGAUGGACGAAAAUUCGAUCAACAGCAGCGUCAGUGGCGUAGCUACAACUUUGGGCGCCCGGGGCCAAGGAUGUUUUGCCGCCCCCCUUUAUCUACCUACCUACAAGUUUCAUGAGGUGGUUCGAACAAAAGUGAAUUUUUACAAAAUAUCUUCGAUAUUAAGUAUAUAAAAUUUAGGAACUAGAAGCCACGCAAAUUCUGAAAUUCCAAAAUUCUCACAAUACGGUUUUUGAGGAAGUUGAUAGUAAAUUUACAAGACGUCUUAUUAAAAGCCAUAGAAAAAAACCAUUUUCGCCCUAUAUCUUUGACACAAUUUGCAGGAAUUUUUGCCAGAAUUGGAGUUUUUAAAUGCCAUUUUUGAAAAUUUGGAGAAAUAAAAGUAUUUGUUACAUUCAAAGCAUAGGGUAACUGUGAGAGUGACACGUCGCCAGACUAAGUUAGAAAAGUGCAUCUGUAAGUUCUAUCACUAUUUUUAAGAAAGAUAUAAACCAGAAGAUAUGAGAAAAAUUCAAAGACUGAAGAAUAUUCGAGUAAAAAUUAAUAUUUUUCAUUGUUAUUCAGAUUAUCACAUUGUGAGUGUACAACUCUUUAUUUUUUAUAAUAAUUUUGUAAAAAAAUUUGUGGAAGUAUUUUUCUGAAUAUUAAAAAAAGCGAAAAUCGUUUUAUAAUUUCGUUAUUUUAUAUUAUUAAAAUAAAAAUAAAAUUUAUAAUAAAAUAAAUUUUGUCACCUUUUAAACAUGGUCCUUCGAGCCUAAAAGAAAGGCACUAUAAAUUAACAGCCACAAGACAAACCACAAACUAAAGCAAAACAGAAACCGAUGAAGUGUGGUGAAGUGACAAAAUUAUUAACUAAUAAAUGUACAGACAAAAGUAACAUAUACAACAAAAGACAAAAAAAAAUUAAAAAGUUUAGUGGAGCAAAACAAAAAGCAAAAAAGUGUGGUGACUCGGCAAAAAUAUAUAUAUAUGAGCCCUUGAUUUUGUAAGUGGUAUAAGUCAAAAAUUUUAAAAAUCUAUUUUAUCAGCUAUUACUUAUCAAAUCUUAAUAAAAUAACAUAAUCUGAAGAGAUUUUUUAGUUGUUAACUGAAAUACAGAUAUUGUUCGUUUUGAUAGUGGUAUAAGUCAGUGUGUUCAAAAAGUAAUUUUGUCAUGUCUUCAGAUAGUGAUUCAGGUAUGAUGAAGUAAAAUUUUUAAUGUAAAAACCUACUAUUUAAAGUUAAUUGUAGACAUUUUACGGCGAAUAAAUAUAAGUAAUGCUCCCAAGAAAUGGAAACGAAUAAGAAUGAUAUCGUCUUCUGAUGAAUUAGCCCAUAGUUUAAAAGUGAGUUCGGAACCUUUACAAAUGGAAGAAAGCAAAAUGAAAUCAAGAAAGAGGACACACAUCUUGUGCAUCAUAGAUAUCGUGCAGAGGAAUAUGAAACAAAAAACUCUAAUCCCGUGAGUGCUAAACUUUUCGAAAAUAUAGAUUGUCUUUGUUCCAAAAAGUGUUUAAAUGGAAUCGGAUAAGAAUACAGGAAAGCUAAUUUUGAUUAUUUUUGGAAUUUAGCAAGUUUCGAAAAACAGAAUAUGUUUCUGUAUGGUUUGAUUAGAAAACAAUCAAUAAAACAAAAACGCUCGAGAAAUCACAAAGGAUAUAUGAGAAAAUGGAGUCUUAAGUUUCAUCUAUAUGUAUGUAUGAAUUCGGAAGUUUCUGUUUGCAAAACUUUUUUUUGGAUACUUUCAAAAUAUCUAACGGAAGAUUAAGCCGUGCCUUAAAUUCUGAAACACCUGGAAUGGAUGGUCGUGGCAAAAUGGCUAGUUCAUCUAGAAAAACAGAUGAAGAAAAAAUUAAAGUAGUACGAGAUCAUAUUCUGAGUUUUCCAGCAUGUGGGAGUCAUUACACGAGAUCACAUCACACUUCAGGUGAAAAUAAUACUACAUCAUGUGUAAAGGAGUGGACUUAUCCUCUUCAGACCCUGGGUACACAUAUGUGCACUUUAAAUUUCACUGAACUUAAUCAUCUUAGUGACAUCUUAUGGUAAAGUUGAGAAUUUUUGCAAGAGACGCCUAGUCAGUAACUUUGAAAAUCAAUAAAAAAUCAAUUGUUCACUUGUUUUUGGUAAAUCAAAGUGGAUACUACAGUCGAAGUGUUGGAUUAUCGUGUAAAAAGGUAGGUUUUACAUUUUUCUUAAUUCUACCCGCGUAACUUUUCUUUAUUUUCUGUGGUGCACAUAUGUGUACCUCAGGACUAAACAUUAGUUUUGUGUAAUGUAUGACCGAUUUUCAGCUUCAAAAUGGACGACCGAGAAAUUGAGGCUUUAUUGAAUGAUAGCGACUUGGACUUCUCUGGAGAAAGCGAUGAUGAGUACCUACCAUCAGAUUUCAUGGAAACGGACAGCGAAGAAGGUGCAGGUAUCAUGGAAAUGGGUGGCGAAGAGGGUGCAGAUGUCAUGGAAAUGGAUGGCGAAGAUGCAGGUGUGGAACUGGUACAGAACGAGACGAAUUCAGGAGAGGAAUCGCAGAAUACACUGCGUUCAGCGUUGUGGCGCACUACUGAAAUGACUCCUCGUGGGCCAGACAUUUCAGAGGAUGUACUUGUUUCGGAGGGUACUUCAGACAUGAAUAUAUUGUACUGCUUUUUUGAGUAUCUGGGCGUAGAAUUCUGGGAGUUAGUAGCAGAGCAGAGCAACCUAUAUUCGGCACAAAAGCGGGAUUUAAAAUCGUUGAACACGAACGCUAUUGAAAUGAUUAAAUUUGCAGGCGUGCACUUGAUGAUGGGCAACCUCAAAUAUCCUCAAGAUCUAAAUAAGCCAAAUGCUGAUGACAAACUAUGGAAAAUAAGACCACUAAUAGACCCCAUUUUGAAGAGAUGCCAUAAGUUGUCACGGUCUAAGAAUAUGUCCAUAGACGAACAAAUGAUUCCAUUUUCAUGACGAUGUGAAUUUCGCCAAUAUGUGCCUUCUAAGCCAAAUCCUCUUGGUCUUAAGAACUUUGUACUGGCUGCCCGAGAUGGUCUGGUGUUGGAUUUUGACAGGUUUUUUACUAGUCUAAAACUGGCCGAGCUUUUGCUACAAAAAAAUAAUGGCAUUUUUCUGACUGGGAUAAAUGGACAGUUAGAACUUUCUGUCAUUUCCUUGACCUAAUUGCCGUCAAUUGUUGGAUUAUGUACAGGCGUUGCUGUGCUGAAGAAGACAUCCAACGCAAGGACAAAUUAGAACUACUCCCAUACAGACUUGAUCUGGCCAAAGCGAUGAUGAACUAUGCAGGCGGAAGAGUUGAACUUCCUGGAACCACUUCUCGUUCCAGCACCAGUGCCUCUAAAAGAUCCCGUUUGAAUGUUACAGACGACGAAUUAGACUAUGAUGAUGAGCCUCUUGCAAAGAAACGCCGCCAGAUUAUCCCACAGCCACAAACCGAAACCAGACUGGACAAUGUUGGUCAUCAGCCGA